AUGAGACAAGAAAUCGUAUAUUUUUAUGUCACUCUUCUACGACAUGGAGAAACAACCGAAAAUAAAAACAGAAUAAUCCAAGGUCAUUUAGAUACAGAUCUGUCAGACAGUGGAUAUGAACAGGCAAGAAAUGUUCGGACAUGCAUCAAACAAAGUGCACCAGAUAUUGUUAUUUCAAGUGAUUUGAAGAGGGCGAGAUUUACAGCAUAUGAAAUAAUUGAUGCUAAAGUUGUUGAAGUUGAACCACGGCUUCGUGAAAGAAAUUUUGGAUCACUUACUGGUCGCACGUGGUCUGAGGUUCAGAAGUUCACGGAGUCAGAUUUCCAGGUUGGACAAGAGUGUGAUGGCUGGCGCAGUGUCGGCGGAGAAUGUCCACAUGAGCUAGCAAGCCGAACACAUGACUUCCUUUUAGAUUUGUGUUCUCGUCUCCUGGAGAAGCCUGUGAUUCAUAACGAUAAUCGGUGUUUUCCGAUUAUAGGUUCCACUGAUGUACCACGAAUGGAAGAUAUAAUCACAAAAAAUUGUACUGUGUUUCCAAAGAAUGGUACGGAAAUUCCGUCAAUCAAUUACGCAGGACACAUUCUUAUUGUAAGCCAUGGUGGUUGGAUUCGACAGUUCUUAAGACUUUUGGCCUAUCAUUCAAAAUACAAGCAGGAUUUUCCGAAGCAGUGCAUCAGUUCGGUUAUGAACAAUUGCGGAAUAUGUCAAGUAGGAAUAGCAUUUGAUGUAGAGAGUCUGAAAAUGUAUCAAAAGUGUCCACCGGAUAGUCGUAGCGUUUUUAAUUCUCCACUCCCUGUUUUCGGCAGUACUAUGGUUCAAAAUGGAAAAUCCACCAGUGGGAAGAAAACCGACUCAUGUAAAUACAGUUGUUCAGCCAAUCCUAUGUUACCAAUAAUGGCAGUGUGCUACCGAUUCAACGUUACAGGUUCGCUGGCUUCACUUGUUCAGGAUCACAAUGUGCCGUCAAUGCUACCCAAUAAUAAAGAAUCUUCCCAUGAAGAAAACUUCCCCCGAGAUGAUGAGAAUGAAUAUGCCGGACAGUCAUCGAGCAAAUAA